AUGAUUGAACUAACUGUGAGGACUUUAGAUUCUCAAAAUCAUCCAUUUACUGUGGAAGAUGAUAUUACAGUCGAACAGUUCAAAGCUAAGAUUGCAGAUACAGUUAAUAUACCUGCUGACACACAGAGAAUCAUUUAUUGUGGUAGAGUGUUGAAUGAUUCAUCUAAACUAAGUGAAUAUGAUGUCAAUGGCAAAGUUGUACACUUGGUCCAAAGACCUCCACCAAACACAAACCAGAGACCCAGCAGAACAGCUUCGCCACAAAGACCAAGACGCGGUGUGCUCAGAGGUUUCGAUCAUGGAAACACCAUGUAUUUGGGGUCGAUGGCCUUUCCGUCCAACUUGAUGGAAUCGCAGGGUUUCAUACCCCCACCGCCGACCCACAGUCUUGCUGGAAGUAGAUUAAAUGUCGCCAAAAGAAUGCUGCGCAAAGCCGAAGCCGUUAUACGUCUUUUAGAAAAUCCAUCUGCCAGGCCAAGUGAACAGACUCCACCAGAAGAAAAUCAAGAAGAAGAAGUGACACCUGUUAUUGAGGCUAGAGUUAUUGUUCCAAGUAAUACUAAUGAACCCAUUGAUGAGGCUAUGGUUUUGUCAGUGGUUCAAGAUUCUUUAUACAAUGCCGGUUCAGUACCAAUCACUAGAGAGGAAAAUAACACAAGCACGGCAGCAGGGGGCGCUUCUCAAUCCAACGACCAAUCAACAUCGUCCACGCCGGGCACCUCGACACCCAGAGGAUCUUCGACGGAAAAUUUGUCGGAACAACCAAGGUCAGAAAACGCCUCAGGAAACGCAUUGACAGAGAUGGCAUCUCGAACAUCGGAAAUGGCAGAAUUGUUGACAAUGCUUGGUCAGCUGCAGACCAGAUUCGCGCCCUUUUUGGAAAGAUACCAGACAUUUAUGCAGGAGGAUCCUGUUGUAGCCACAGAAAAUGUCAGAUCUACUCAGCUGAUGAUUACGCAAGUGUCAGAGGUGUUGCACUUCUUCAGUCACGCGUACCAUUCUUUAAGCGACAUCAUAGUGAGAGUGAGGACGCCGCCGCCCAGGCCUUUGUUGUGCCGUCCCAUUCUCAUUCAACAUUCGGCCGUCGUGCAAGCAGGCAUUCCGAUUCAAGUCGAGAUAAACUUGUCGACGGAACGUCAACCCGCCUCUACCACCGGACCGACCACGACAAGCGGCAACACUGCGACCACCACAUCGGCAAAUCAAUCGAGCGCCACUGAAACCAGCAGCAGCAGCGCCAACAACGCCGAAGGAACAUCAACGAGGGCACCGUCGGCCCCGCCGCCGCCGCCUCCCCCGACUUUUUCAGCCCAAAUCGAGCCCGGCAUGAUGCCCUUCUUGCCGGGCAUCCGCGUGCAGUCCUUUCCCAGCCACAUCAGGGCGAUGGCGCGCAACGCGGCCGCGCAGAGGGCCCAAAACAACAACACGGCCGACGCGGGCGGAGAGAACGCGCAGCCUACCGCCGCUCCCGCCGCCGCUUCGGCUUCCGGUCCCGCGCCCAGCUCCGCCGCCGGAGCAGCUGCAGGCGCGGCAGGCGGUGCGUUUAACUUUAACAAUCCCAACGUGGAGUUCUUCAUGCAGGUUACGCCAGAAGGUAUUACAAUUGAUUCUAUGGAGACUGCGCUUGUUGGUCCUAAUCAAGCUAAUGAUUUACUACGCGGAGCCCUUAACGCACCACCCCCGGAACUUCUCCAAUCCCUCAUGCAAAUGGCCGGCCAGAUAAUCGACCGCACCGGCGCAGUGCCGAGCAACGUGACCGUCUCCUCGAGUAGCGAUGCCGCUUCGUCUCCGUCCUCCAAUCAGUCGAGCACGAACGGCAACCAGCAGGCGCAGUCGGCGGCCGGUCAGAAUUCGCAGGCGCGCGGCAACACCCAAACCAACCCGACCACGGCCACGCACACCAGAUCUACGCCGCGACCCCACGUCCACCUCGCGCAGCAGGCCAUGCAAGCCGGUUUCGAUCCGUUCUUACCGUGCAACUCGCAUCACGUCACGCACAGAAGAUCGGCCGCCCAACAGCGUGGACAGCCGGAAGGCGCAGCCCAAGAAGGCGGUGCAACUCGCGGGCAGCAGGGCACCCGGCCGCAAAACAUCUACAAUUUCAUCAACGACGUGCUUAGCAGCAUUCGCAACGUGCAACCGAGACGAGGAGCGUCCGAGCCCCCGCAGGCGCAGUCCACGCCCGCCGGUGCUUCGGCUGCGCAGUCGUCGACCAGCGCACCUGCUGGUGCCGCGCAAUCGUCAGGCACUAGCAGCGGCGGCUCGAGCGCGGAAGGCGUGAAUGUAAACAUACCGUUGCCGCCUUUGCAGGCCUUGUUCAGCAGCAUGGGUGGAACACAGAGCAUUGGGGAUUUGUUGCGACAAGGUCCGACAAUUUAUCAAAUCCUUCAACAAUUCCAACAAGACGAUUCCUACGUACAAGGCGAGAGCAUUAUUACCGAUUUAAUAAUGCUCCUAUUUAGAAAUUUAACCCUUGUGGAUAUAUGUACGUUAAAUAACGGCAACGGCGACCCGAUAAACCGGUGUCGUAGCGAAAUCGAAAACUUUGUCAGAACUAGGAUUUUGGACAAUGAUACAUCACCUGAAGGCGUAAAUAGUGGGGCAGAAAGGAUUCUUACAGAAAUGAGACCCUUCUUUGAGAACUUUAGACUAAUACCUGCCAGAGAUAACAUCGACGUGGUUAGGUCGUCGGAAAACAUAUUCAGAACUAGAAUACCAAACAUGAUAAACCUUGCAAUCAAUCUAAAUCCAUCUAACAUUCGAGUGCUGAUCGAUCAUUGUUUGACGACGAUUAAACACUUGUGCGCAUUGACUUUGCGCGCAUGCUCGACUGGACAACCCGGUGUUGAACAAGUGUUUGAACAAAUACUGGAAAGAUAUUUGGACGUCCCUCCUGAAAUGCAGCAAUGGACGUUUUUGAGCAGUCGCGUGCACCUAAGACAGUUUCUAUCGAAUUUAAGCGUUCCCGAAAAUGUUCUGCAACCGUACAUUGUGCACAUGGCGCCGGUACAACCUGCUGUUUCAGUGGCGGAACCCGUAACAAACGAGGUAUCAGCUGGUGAUGCUUGUGUACAAAACAACGUUCAACCCGUUACGGCUAUGGAACUGGACGAUCAGGAACAAGAAGCGUCUGGCUCCGGGAACGAAUUGGGAACUCCCGGGAUAAUUCUGGAAGACAGCGAGCCAUUGCCCAAUAUUGUUUUAGGAUCUGAACCGUGGCAUGCGCAAGUUCCAGCGGAUUGGGUGCCUAUUAUAGCGCGUGAUGCGCAGAAACAGAGACGUCAAAAUCCGCAAGGACCUUUUAGUGAUGCGUAUCUCUCUGGUAUGCCGAGUAAAAGAAGGAAAAUUGUUAAUAGUUCUAAACCGCAAGGAAGCCUUCCUCAAGUGAUAUCAGAGAGUGUUAGACAAGCAGUAACUUCCAGUGGACUGGCGUCAGCGGCUCCUUUGGAUGCUGUGGUGCAAGCAGCAGGAGAAUCAAUAGAAAUUCAGACUGCAUAUAGGAAUUUACUGCGUAGUAGUGUGCAAGCUAGUUUAAGAGAAAACGAAGAUUUUACUCCAGAAAGAUAUCCAAACGCCUCAAAUUACUUUAAUCACCCCCAAUAG